GAUGAUGAUGGUGACGAUUACCAAUCCGCAUCUGAAAGAGAGUCUAAUGCCUCAACUACGCUGGCAUCCACCAUUCGUGACUUCAACUUUGAAAACAAAAGGAGAUACCAUAAGUUCAAAGAAGGCCGGUAUGCCUUUCCCAACGAUGAUGCUGAGCAAGAACGGGAGGAUAUGAAGCACUCCAUGGUGAUCACGCUUUGCGGCAGGGCACUGCACAGUGCGCCUCUCGAGAAUCCUCAACAUAUCCUCGAUGUUGGUACCGGGACUGAUAUCUGGGCAAUUGACAUGGGCGACGAGUAUCCGGAAGCUGAGGUUACUGGCAUUUAUCUGAGCUCUAUUCAACCUCCAUACGUCCCAGCCAAU